GCUGUCUAUUGCGAUUUUGUAAUAAUUUUUCUCUAAAAUUGCUAUUCAUGUCUUAAAAUAGGGUCACGGGUUUGUCUAUUGAUCCCUAAAACAGAAUAAGAAUGAUAAUUUGAAGCAUCCUGCCUUGAAUACAAAUUUGAAGUCCGCAAUUUCUUUGCAGCCAUCUGAAAUUUUUAAAAACAUUCCACAAAAUCUCUAGUUUGAGGAAAAUCUCAUAUAUAUCCUUGCCCUGUUCAAGUAUGUGAAUGCAAGUUCUACAACAAGCUCCUGUGGAUAUCUGAUAUAUGUUGGCUAAAUCUACGUUGGGUGAGAAAAAGGGAGAAGUUGGAUUCUUUUUUUCUAGAGAGAUGAGCUACUUACUACAGACUCUCAUGAGGAAACAGGAUGUUGACAAGCUCAUUAGGGAUACAUUGGACAAAGUUCUGGUUCUUCGUUUUGGAAGGGCCACAGAUAUUGUCUGCAUGCAGCUUGAUGAAAGUCUUGCAAAAUCUGCACGUGAAGUGUCAAAGUUUGCAUCAAUAGCUUUAGUGGAUGUGGAUGCUGAGGAAAUCCAAGUUUAUAUCAAGUAUUUUGACAUUACUUUGAUACCUGCUACGAUCUUCUUCUUUAAUGCACACCACAUGAAGAUGGAUUCUGGGACUCCAGACCAUACUAAAUGGAUCGGUGCAUUCCAUCAAAAGCAAGAUUUUAUUGAUGUUGUGGAGGCCAUCUUCAGAGGAGCAAUGAAAGGAAAAUUGAUUGUCAUGUGCCCUUUGCCUCAGGAGAGAAUUCCAAAGUUUCAAUUGCUUUUUAAGGAUAUUUAACUGGUUAACAUUGCAUGAUCUGGGAUGAGGAACUGUUAUUCUUUAUAUAAUAUAUUAAAUUCUUGACCCAGCUUUGUCAUCAUUUUGAUGUACAGCACAUGAUGGCAGACACUUUUGCUUUUUAACUGGGGGAUGCAUUAUCAAACUUAGUGCAGUUCAUUGUCAUGGCCAUUCCCCUGCCUAACAACUAGACCAGGGACAAAUGAGUGAUUAUCUUUGAAACAUACAACAACGUUAGCUAAUUUUGUUACGAAGGCAUUCUUAUGAUAACUCAAGUUUUGAGCAUUGCUAACUUCUCAAAUAAAGACCUAUAAUUCAAUCA